GUACUAAACUCUUAAAUUUGUAUACUACAUUGAACGCGUGUUUCAUCAUUUUAUUUUGAUUGCUUUUCUGUCUCCAAUCUAGGUGUUAUUUGAGACCAGACAAUGGCAGAUUUGGCAAAAGAAACCGAGAAAUUGACCAUGAAAGAGGUUUAUACGUCCGAGAAAUGUGGGGAUGACACCGCUGGAACUGGUACACAAGUUAAACCUUUCAAAACCAUACUUCAGGCAUUAAGACAUGGUGGUAAAGAUGCUACUAUUUAUGUUGAUGGUAAAGAAGAAAAUCAGAAAUAUGAAUUGGUUUCUAAAUCUCAACUAAAAAAAAUCCUUAAAAUCUUUGAGAGAGAAAGUCAUAAGGCUGGAGAGAAAGCCAAGAAAGAGUCUGAAGAUGCGGAAAGAAGAGAGAAAAAUUUAGAAGAAGCUAAAAGUAUUGUUGUUGAGAUGGACAAAAGCUUACCAGAGCCUAAACAGAUCAAACUCAGAGAGACAAUACCAAACCGUAACAUUAGAGUGAAGAUAUUUGGUUGGGUACAUAGAUUAAGACGACAAGGUAAAAGUUUAAUGUUUGUUGUAUUACGAGAUGGUACAGGAUUUGUCCAGUGUGUUAUGUCAGAUGCACUAUGUCAGACAUACAAUGCUCUUACUUUAUCAACAGAAGCCACAAUAUGUGUUUAUGGUAUUAUUAAAGAAUUACCAGAGGGAAAAUCUGCUCCAGAUAAUCAUGAAUUAUCAGUUGAUUUUUGGGAAUUGGUGGCGGCUUCACCUGCAGGUGGUGCUGACAACCUCCUUAAUGAGGAUGCAAAUGUUGAUGUUCAACUUGACAACAGGCACAUCAUGAUACGAGGAGAAAAUACGUCUAAAAUUCUAAAAAUGAGAUCUGUGUUAAUGCAGUGUUUUAGAGAACAUUAUUUAAGUAGAGGAUAUUUUGAAGUGACACCUCCUACUAUGGUUCAAACUCAAGUAGAAGGAGGAGCUACAUUAUUUAAAUUUGAUUAUUUCGGAGAAAAUGCUUAUUUAACACAGAGUUCACAAUUAUAUCUAGAAACAUGUUUACCAUCGAUGGGAGAUGUGUUCUGUAUAGCCCAGUCUUAUAGGGCAGAAAAAUCUCGUACAAGACGGCAUUUAGCAGAAUAUUCUCAUGUUGAAGCCGAAUGUCCUUUCCUCAACUUUGAUCAAUUAUUAGAAAGACUUGAAGAUCUUGUAUGUGAUGUUGUAGAUCGUGUGCUCAAGUCUCCUUUCGCUCAUAUUGUAAAAGAUCUUCAUCCUGAAUUCAAAGCACCUAAACGACCUUUUAAAAGAAUGAACUAUUCAGAUGCUAUUGAAUACCUGAAAGCAAAUGAUAUACGUAAGGAAGAUGGAACAUUCUAUGAAUUCGGAGAGGAUAUACCAGAAGCACCAGAAAGGAAGAUGACAGACAAAAUUAAUGAACCAAUAUUUUUAUGUAGAUUCCCUGCUGAAAUUAAAUCUUUCUAUAUGAUGAAAUGUGCUGAUGACCCAAGACUGACAGAAUCAGUUGAUUUAUUGAUGCCUAAUGUUGGUGAGAUUAUUGGAGGUUCUAUGAGAAUCUGGCAAUUACAGGAACUAGAAGAAGGUUUUAAGAGAGAAGGAAUAGAUCCUACUCCAUAUUAUUGGUAUAUUGAUCAGAGAAAGUAUGGUUCCUGUCCACAUGGAGGUUAUGGAUUAGGUCUAGAGAGAUUUUUAUGUUGGCUUCUUAACAGAUAUCAUAUUAGAGAAGUUUGUCUUUAUCCUCGAUUCUUAGAAAGAUGUCGUCCUUAAUGAGACUAGUUUUAUCAUUUCUUAAAAAUUAUUGAAAUUGUUACAAAUCUUGCUUAAGAAAUUAUGUCAUGGAGCAGAGCUCAAACUAAAAUCUAAUUAUUUAAUAUAUCUCUGUAUUAAAAUUUUGAUAUAAAUGAAAGUCUGUACUUAUAUCCAGGCUCAAUGUCACUAAGAUUAUAUACAUUAUUGGAUGAAAUCUUUGAAAAAAAAAAGAAAAGAUACUCUUUGAAGUAAUUGUCAAUUAAGUCCAGUAUAUUAUUAAAAUCAUGCUUAUAUUUAUUGUUUUUUCUUGUGAGGUUAUUGAUGUCAAUGUUAUUGUUAUGAAGAUCUUUUUAUUGUAAAUGUUUAAGUUAUACAAACUUCACUCAAAAAUUGUGCAUAAAAUUUGUUUGUUAUAACUCUGUCUUAAAAAUAUGCCGCAAAUAAUGUAUAUCACUAUAUCGAAAGUUCAUUGAGAUGCUUUCUUUUGACCAAUUCAUAAUAUUUUGAGAUUUAUUGUGUUUUAAGUUUUGAACAAUAUGAUGGUAAACACUUAUUUAUUUUUGUAAAUACAUGUAUUAUAUUGCUAUUCAAGACAUAUAUAUUUUUUGGUUAGGAUAUUGAGUCUUAGUUUUCUUUGAAUGAAACACUAUCUACUUAUUUAGUACUAGUGAGCAACGAAUGAGAACCAUUUAUAUAGGUUUUUGUUUUUAAAGUUAUCAUGAACACACAAAAAAAAACAGUGUUGGAUAGAUUAGAAAAGGGUGGUUGGUUAUCAAUAAUUAUAUAGUUUUAUUUAUGUAAUCAGGUUUUUUUUUAUGACUGCCAUGAAAGUGUUUUGUAUAAUUGUUCUUUCACAAAAACUAUUGAUACUGCAAGCUUGCUUUAUGAGAAACCUGUAUCUGUUAUGACAUAGUUCAUUCAACAUUUUUGACAGAUUAAUAAAGUGUUCAUACAUUUACGUCAUGAAAAUUCAUGUCUUCAAAUUGGAAUAAAAACUUAAACUAUU